AAAAAAAAAUAAAAAGAAGAUUGCGAUUCCUUGCUUUGCUUUCCCUUGAAAACUCGCCUUAACCUCUCCUCCCCUCCAUCUUGGAUCCCUCCCUCACUCACUCGCCUUCUCUCUCUCUCUCUCUCUCUCUACAAAUAGAAAAACAAUCUUCCACCACAUGCAAACCAAACUCCUAAUCAAUUCUCAAAUCCAGCGAACGAUCUCAUAGUUUUCUCUCUCUCUCUCUGUGCAAGUUUGUUUGAUCUUGAAGAUCCAUGAAUUGAAAGCUGAAUCCGCCCCAGCAGCAGCUUUUGAGGUGUGUAGCUCCUACAGUUGAUACCUCAACACCGAACAACAAGGAACAAGAAGAAGAAGAAGAAGCAGAAGAAUGGAAAAGUAUGAGCUUGUGAAGGAUAUAGGAUCUGGCAAUUUCGGGGUGGCCAGACUUAUGAGGAACAAAGAGACCAAAGAGCUCGUCGCCAUGAAAUACAUCGACCGCGGCCUCAAGAUUGAUGAGAAUGUUGCCAGAGAAAUCAUCAACCACAGAUCACUUCGCCAUCCAAACAUUAUUCGAUUCAAGGAGGUGGUUUUGACUCCUACACAUCUUGCUAUUGUUAUGGAGUAUGCCGCAGGCGGAGAACUCUUUGAGCGAAUUUGCAAUGCUGGAAGGUUCAGCGAAGAUGAGGCUAGAUAUUUUUUCCAGCAGCUUAUCUCAGGAGUUAGCUAUUGUCAUUCUCUGCAAAUAUGCCAUCGAGAUUUGAAGCUGGAGAAUACCUUGCUGGAUGGCAGCCCAGCUCCACGCCUGAAAAUUUGUGAUUUCGGUUAUUCUAAGUCAUCCUUGCUGCAUUCAAGACCAAAAUCAACUGUGGGAACUCCAGCGUAUAUUGCACCUGAGGUUCUUUCUCGAAGAGAGUAUGACGGCAAGAUGGCAGAUGUAUGGUCUUGUGGGGUGACCUUAUAUGUUAUGCUGGUGGGAGCAUAUCCAUUUGAGGACCAAGAAGAUCCAAAGAAUUUCAGAAAAACCAUUAAUCGAAUAAUGGCUGUUCAGUACAAGAUCCCAGACUAUGUUCACAUAUCUCAAGAUUGUAGGCAUCUCCUCUCGCGCAUCUUUGUUGCAAAUCCAGCAAGGAGGAUCACCAUUAAAGAAAUCAAGAACCACCCAUGGUUUUUGAAGAACUUGCCGAGAGAGCUCACAGAAGCAGCUCAAACCAUGUACUACAGAAAAGAAAACCCAACCUUUUCCCUCCAAAGUGUUGAAGACAUCAUGAAGAUAGUGGAAGAAGCCAAAAAUCCUCCCCCAGUUUCCCGAUCGGUUGGAGGCUUUGGCUGGGGAGGAGAAGAAGAUGAUGGCGAUGCAAAGGAUGAUGUAGAGGGCGAGGAGGAAGAAGACGAGUAUGAAAAGAGAGUGAAAGAAGCACAUCAAAGUGGGGAAGUACGUGUUGUCUGAGAUAAUCAAUAUCUGAGAAGUCAAGAAGGUUGGUUUUUCAGUGUCUGCGUAGCUGAGAAUGUUGUCAAACUUGUAUAAACAGUCAGUUUCUGCUCCGGCGAUGGUGCUUGAAUAAACAAACGUUCGUAAACAUACAGUGUGGUGCUAAGGAACAUACAUAAGUUUGUCCUGCUACUGUGACUGUGGAUGUAUCAGUAUUAGCUUUUGUAGUUAAAGGUUGUGAGUGAGUUGUUUGCUUUUGUUUUCCAGAUUUACGGGCAGUGGAAGGAUUGGAGGUGUAAAAGUGUAUUCACAGAACUUGAGAUUAGGAAUGUGGGUAUGGUGGUACUCACGGAGGUUUGUUCAGUUAGAACAUAAGUUUAUAACACAUUUGUUAUAUAUAUUAUUCUGGUAUAUCUGAUUGCUUGUCUUCCAA